GGAAAAGCAAGAGAAACCUCUGUGGCAACCUAAGGUCCUCAGCUGACUUCAGUCCUAAGCAGCAGCCUGCGCUGGGAACUGACAACUGAACUGACAACUGCCCUCAGCCUGUGCUGACACCUGGUCUAGGUGUGCAUAUGUCUGCUCUGCCUGGGACCUGUCUGUGACCUGGCAGCACCAGCCCUCACUUCACCUCCCCCAGCUCAUCCCUGCCACAGUGAAAGUGUGGACUAAGCCCAGGUCUGGGAGGACAAAAGGAUCCACAAACUCUUUUUUUAACUCUUAGUAUCAACUACAGUGAACCAGUGUCUGCGGCCAGCCACCCCAUUCAGGCUUGAGGGUCUAGAAGAUAAUUUCCAUUUAUAUCAUUAAAUGCUUGGAGAAAACAUACCCAAUGACAUACACAAUUAUAAUGUUCCUCUUUUUCAUCCUUUCGGAAUAUGACUAUUGUUCUUAGCUGGUACCCAGACCUUGGACACUGAUCAGAUGCUACUGUUUGGUGCUGAGUGACCAUAAGCUUCCAUACUGCUUUCAAAAGUUCGUCUUCCUUAGAAUACCCAUUGCCUUCUAAGACACAAGGGAUGAAAAGAAUCUGCUGGUAAAUGUACUAGUCGCAGCAUUUUCAGUAAGAGCACUCACUUACAAACAACACUUUAAAAAAGUUUAAUUCACUUACAUGUCUAAGGUAUACAUGCUUAUAUGUAUGCCUAUAUAUGUAUAAACACAGAGUAAAAUUCCCUGUAGCAUAUUAAUAAUUUAAAGAAAUUUUUAGCACUCAAGUUUCAGAUUUAACCAAUAGAUCAGUUCGAUGUUGAUAGUUUUGAAAAAUGAUAUUUUCCUUAUUUUUAGUAAUGUUGAGAAGGGAAAAGCUUUCACUAUGUUUUUGAAUUGUGGUCGUUCUCAACUUCUUUUCCUUACACUGAGGAUAUUAAAAUGACUAUAACACUUUUACACUCCUUUAACUUGAACAUUUUUUGUUCAGCUACUGCAGGCGUACUAAGUGAUCUGGCAGCACUUAAGGUUUCUUCAACAAAAUGAUGCCAAAUAUAUUUAAAAUAACAUAGGAAGUAUGUUUUUAUCACAUAAGGUCAUUUUCUACUUGAUGCAAUUGGCAACUCCCUUCAGUGUUACUUGUAAAAUUGAAGCAGAGGGUAAUAUUAAUAUACAUGACAAAAUAUUAAGAAUGCAGAAGUGAAUAACAGGAAAAACCAACUCAUAAAACUGACAUGUCUAAAUUAGAAACACUCAUCUCCAUAUGUACCCCCUUAAAGAUUAUCCUCAGAAGUCUCUGAUUCACAUUUUUGUCCUUUACAACCUUCCCUCCCAUAUGCAUUACCUUCGUAGACACAAAGAAUGAAAAACCUUCUGCUGUUAAAAAUACUACUCAUGCCAUUUUCAGUAAUACCGCUCACAUAAUACAUUUAUAAAAAUUUUUAGUUUACUUAGGAUGACACUGCUCUUGUUUAACACCAAUUCAAAAAUGGGCACAAGAACUAAAGAAGCAGCUCUCCAAUGAAGGCACACAAAUGGCAAAAAGGCACAUGAAAAAGUGCUCUAUAUCACUACUUUUCAGAGAAACGCAAAUCAAAACUACAACAGGGUAUCACCUGACACCAGUCAGAAUGGCCAUCAUUCAAAAGUCCACAAACGAUAAAUGCUGGAGAGGCAAUGGUGAAAAGGGCACCCGCAUACACUGUUGGCGGGAAUGUAUCUGGUACAGCCAUUAACGAAAACGGUAUGGAGAUUCCUCAAAACACUAAAAAUAGACUUACUAUAUGAGCCAGCAAUCCCACUCCUGAGCAUAUAUCCAGAGGGGGCUCUAAUUCGAAAAGAAACCUGCACCCCAACGUUAAUAGCUGGACUAUUUACAAUAGCCAAGACAUGGAAACAACCUAAAUGUCCAUCAAGAGGUGACAAGAUAAAGAAGCUGUGGUAUACUUAUAUAAUGGAAUACUACUCAGCCAUGAAAAAGAAUAAAAUCAUGUCAUUUGCACUAACAUGGAUGGCCCUGGAGAAUGUCAUUCUAAGUGAAGUAACCCAGAAAGAAAAAAAAAUACCGUAUGAUAUCACUGAUAUGUGGGUUCUAAAAAAGAAAAGGGAAAAAUGACCUUGUUUACAAAACAGAAACACACUCACAGACAUAGAAAACAAACAUAUGGUUAUCAGACUUGGGAACUGAAUGGGAAGGGAUCAACCGGGAGAUCGAGAUUCGCAGAUAUGAAGUGGUACAUAUAAAACAGAUAGGCAAGGUUACACUGUAUAGCACAGGGAACCAUACUUGUUACCUUGUAGCACGUUACGGAGAAGAAGAAUAUGAAUAUGAGUAAACGUAUAUUCGUGUAUGACUAAAGCACCUGCUGUAAACCAGAAACUGACACAACAUUGUAAAUUGACUAUACUCCAAUUUAAAAAAAAAAUAAAGUAAAUUGCCUAGAGAGCCACACACCACGUAUGCUGCCACUCUGUAAGGCGGAAGGAACUUCCGGUUCUUGCUUUCCUGCCAGAGCCCUGCAGGGAAAGUCUCCCCACACCCACCCAGGCCCACCUGCCCGCUGCCCUCUGCCCCUCCCCCACUACAGAGUGUCCUGAGCCUCACAUUCUACUGUUUAAAUUCAAACUUCACCUGCCUUUGCUUGAAUUCCGAGCAUCUGCUGGAGCAGUUAACUCACUCUCUGGGUCCUCGUCUGCAUUUCUCUCAUUGAGGCUACCAGGCAGCGCUGGUCUGUGCCCACGUCUGUGGGAAUGGCUUUACAAAGAGCAUCUCCACUGCUGGGAACGGAUGUGCUCAUGAGCACUGGUGCCUCCGUGUCUCCAUUCACGGCACUUCCCUUUCCCCCACCCGCUCCUGGCCCCCAACACCGGCCACCCUGGGAGCAGCACCUGCCACCUUCCUUGACCCCAUCGUUCCCUCCUGGCACCACCCUGCUGCUGCCAGCUUUCCCCACGACACCUUUGGUGGCUACUGGUGGCCAAGUCCCCAUUGCCACUGGGCCUUGCAACAUCCCUGUCUACGCAAGAUCAGAAGGGAGGCCAACAGAGUUCCCUCCGAUGCAGAGCUUCGUUCUCCCUCCAGGAACUGUCACCUGGGGUGCACCAGGGGCCCUCAGUGGGACUGCUACUUGCCCUGCUCCCCUGUCCUUAGCACCCCAAGUGACCACCCCAGCUGUCGGGGUAACUCAGGCUGGCACGGGAGGCUGGGCCCCCGGCCGUCCCUCUCAAGCUCCACCACCACCUGUACAGCUGGCCCCCAGCGUGGCCCCCAUCAACACUGGGCCACGGCCACCUGGCGCUUCCAGGGAGGGGAGUCUGGCCCCCUCCCAGUCUCAGCCACCUCAGGAUGACUCCUUUAGCUGCAACGACAUCUACAAGCACUACCGACGUUGGCAGCGCUUCAAGAGCCUGGCCCGGAGGCACCUUCCCCAGAGCCCUGACGCACAAGCUCUCUUCUGCUUUGUCAUCCCAGUGCUUCGGUCCCUGGCCCGACUCAAGCCCACCAUGACGCUGGAGGAGGGACUGCGGCGGGCCGAGCAGCAAUGGGAGCGCACAAGCAACUUCGACCGCAUGAAUUACUAUGAGAUGGCGGCAAAGUUCAAGGAGAUUGAGGCUGAGGAUGAAAUGCAGCCUCAGCACUUGCAGUGCACGAAGGGGGUGCAGGGCCUGCCUCCUCCAGCCCCACCGAAGCUGGAACCGUGGGGGCCCCCGGCCCCAAAGGUGGGCCCACAGCCAGGCACUCACGUGCCCACUGGAGCUGAACACAAAGCCUGCGUGCCCAGGAAGGCCAGCCCCACGGCCAAAACCAACCACCCACAGCCAGACAGAUCCCGGCAGCCCCCAGAGACCAAGGAGCCCAAGGAGAUUCCCCUUGAGGCUCUCAGCGAGUAUGAGGACAUCUUGGAGGAGCUGCUGGGGCCUGUCCUCUCAGCCACUUGGGAGCCAGAAGCAGCAUGCCCUGAGGACGGGACCUACCCGGACCCGGGUCUCCUGAGCUACAUGGACCAGCUGUGUUCCCAGGAAGACUUUGUCACCAAGGUGGAGGACAUCAUUCACCCUCAGUUCCUGGAGGACUUACUUUCCCCAGAGUCACAGCUGGAUCCCUUGGCACUGGCUGAGGAGUUAGAACAGGAGGAAGGACUCACCCUUGAAGAGCUGGUGCAGAAACCACUCCUGACCCUGAACGAGGAGUUGGGCGAGUCUGAUGUCACCCAAGAUGCCCAGAGGCAUGACCACGGCCCCCAGCUAGGGGUCAGCGAUGAAGAAAGCCCACCAGAGACUGAGUUCAAGCAACUUGCGACGAGCAGCGGAACAGAGAGUGGCCUCCUCAGACCCAAACUCUAUAUCCACUCUCCAGGACAUGAGGCUUUCCCUACAUCCCAGGCUGGACAGCCCCUCUCUCCUCCCCAGGGUCAAAGGCACACUGCACCGAGCCUGGGACCCAGGGACACCUCAACUGUCAGAGAGACCUCUCCUCUUAGGGAGGACGCAGGGCCAGGGCCAGGGCCAGGGGAUGGGUCCAGGGAGAACAAGGAGGAGGUUCCCAGUCUGGACUUUAUCUUGGCCACUCAGUACUGCCUCAUGCCCUGGGGAGGGAAGUCCCACAGCUCUGCCCCAGGGCCCUUGAGAUUUCUCUGCCCUGGAGUUCAGGGGGCUCGCCAAGGCCCCUCCCCUCAGAGGAUCGGACCUAGCGCAGCUCCUCCACCAGCUGCCAAGCCUAGGAAGCGGGAUCUGUGUGGAGGCCAGGGGUCUGAUGACAAGCUGCCCCAGCCCAAGCCUGACCUCGGGCUCUCUGGGACGCCAGCCUUGCCUCCGGGGCUGGUGCGCCCCUCACAACCAAAAAUGAGGAGGUGUGACCCAUUUGUUGGAGGGAGUGGGAGGAGGAGGAGAAAGAGGCACUGCAACAAGUAAUAAGCCUCCAGUGCCAGGUCCCCAGGGGACCUUAGGGGCUCUUCCUCAUCCAGUGCUGAGCCUGCUGAUGUACAGGACAGGGAGGGGGGCAGGGAGGGAGUGCGGGACCAUGAGGGCCAGGGUGCGGUGGGGUGGGGUGGUGGCAGUUGGAGGGUGGGGGAGGUGGGUCUGGGCGGAUGUGGCUGGGAGCAGCACCUUGGGGUGAUAUAUUUUAAAUGGGAAUAAAAAUACUUUUGUUUGCAAAUGUUCUCAGACCACCGUAGUCUUAUUCGUGUCUG